AUGGCAGAUGGAAAGCGGCUGGCUCUGUACCUAGUGGAGGUCCCAGCCCUGGACACGCUGCAGCUCGCAACAACGACUGGCUCCUCUCCGCUCUAUGUCCGCAAGGGUAGAGCCGGAGCUGGCCUCAGUGCGGGCGGUGGUGCCUUUAAUCCGCUGGCGCAGCCAGUUAGGAGUCCGGACGUGCUCAUUGUGCCGGGCCCGGCAACUCCGGCUGGCUCGCUGCAGAUGCCGGCGCUCUCGCCGUCGGGCGGCUCGAGGUCGAUGCCCGGCUCGCGGUCGGGCUCGCGUUCGUCCUCGCCGACCUCGCUCUCGACCUCGGUGCCAUCGACCGGCGGCGAUGCUGGCCGUGGGGCGAGCUCGACGCGGCACCCGCGCGGCGGGCGGAGGACUCGACGCGGCGGCAGCGUCGGAGCCGCGGAUGAAGGCGGUCGCGUGAGCCCGGGCGAGGGCGGGCAGGCGUCAGGCAAGCGGACGGCAGUGACACUAGAGCGGUCGCAUCCGCUCUACUCGCGGAUGAAGUACUACAACCGGCUGACGCCGUCGGCCGAGUCAUCGCACCACUUUCGUGCGCCGCAGCACAUUGUGUGGGCGGCGCGUCGCCGGUCGUUCUCGACGAUUUUUUCGAUCUGGAACGUCAUGGUGGGCUCAGGCCUCCUUGUCAUGCCGUGGGCGUUCCAGAACGCCGGGCUUGUGGGCGGGACGCUGGUGCUCAUGGCGGUCGGCUUGCUCUGCUUUUACACGGCAGCCAUCAUUGUGGACCACUCUGACGGCUUUGACGACUUUCCCGACAUGGUCAUGCGGUACUUUGGCUCGCCGCGCAUCGGGCGGCUGGCGUACUACUUUGCGUCGUGGUCGUCGGUGCUCAUGCUACUGUGCGUCCUCGUUGUGUACCUCACCAUGAUCUCGGACUUUACACACGCAGUUGUCUCGUCGAUUGUGCUGUGGCACUCGGGCGAGUCUGGACUGGCCGACCUGCACUCGGGCGAGGCCUCGCGGUGGUUCUCGCUCAAGACGGUGCCGCUAAUGAUGGGCGUUGUCCUCUUCCCAUUCAUGAACCUCCGCGACAUCGGCCCGCUCGUCAAGUUCAACUCAUUUGGCAUUGUCUCGAUCCUCUACAUGAUCGGCUUCAUUGUGACCAAGAGUGUGACCGACCUCUCAACCCACCCGCCGGUCAUCACCUACUUUUCCGACAAGUGGUACUACCUCGGCGGCCUCGGCAUGGUCUCGUUCUUCAUCCACAACGCCAUUAUUCCCAUCAUCCGCAACAAGAAGUCGCCCAAGCACAACCGCCGCGACCUUGCCUUUGCCUUUGGCUUUGUCUUUCUCACCUACGCCUCGUGCGGCAUCGCCGGCUACCUCGCCUUUGAGUCGACCGCCAUCCCGCAGAACUUUCUCAAUGUCUACUCGUACCACGAUGUCACGCCCUUCCUCGCCCGCCUUGCCCUCCUCAUCCAGCUCUGCGGCAUUUUCCCGCUCCUCGCCUACAUUACCGAGGCUCUGCUCUCGGCGGCGGGCGCGGCCGACAUGACUGGCGCCUCGGGCGGGCCCGAGCUCAUCAACGAGUCUGCGCCGCUGCUGCCUGAUCCCGAGCGCGGCUCGCUCAACGCCGUCGGCGUCGAGGCCAACGGCAGCGGUAGUGGCAAGGCCAAGGCCAAGGCCAAAGCCAAAGGCAAGGCCAAGUCCAAGAAGAAGGCGGCUACCGGCUCCAACAACAAGGUGGCCGAUCCCCGCGACCCGGCGUUCACGCCCAUGUCGUACAUCGCGCUACUCAACGUGUACAUGGCGCUGCAGACCGUCCUCAUCGCCACCUUUUUCCCGUACAUCGGCACCGUUCUGCGCUUUGCCGGCGCCUUCUUUGGCGCGCCGUACAUGUUCCUCCUCCCCAUCGGCAUGUUGUACGGCUACUACCAGCACAAGCCUCCACAGGCCAAGUGGAUGGUGCCUGCCUUUUGGUGGAUCCACACGCCGAUUCUGGUUGUGGCGGCCUCGCUUGCUAUUCUUCAGUUUGUGUAA